AUGAGAAAGCCUAUUUCUGUAAAGCACAGCCGGGACUUGAGAUACGGGCCUGAGGUGGAAGUGCCAGGGUACCUGGCCAAGUUGUCUUCGGUGGGGAGCAUCAGGGAUGAAGAGACAUGUGAACGGUUACGAGGCCUCAUCCAGAGACAGGUGCAGAUCUGUAAGCGCAGCGUGGAGGUGAUGGACGCCGUGCGGCGCGGAGCCCAGCUCGCCAUCGACGAGUGCCAGUUCCAGUUCAGGAACCGCCGGUGGAACUGCUCCACUCUGGAGACCAUGCCUGUGUUCGGAAAAGUGGUCACGCAGGGCACCCGUGAGGCGGCCUUUGUGUACGCCAUCUCGGCAGCCAGUGUGGCGUUUGCGGUCACCAGGGCCUGCAGCAGCGGGGAGCUGGAAAAAUGUGGCUGCGACCACAACGUACAUGGAGUCAGUCCGGAGGAAACCCCUGUCUCCAGAUGUCCGUUUGCUAACCUGGCCAUCCUGUCCCACAUGCGUGUGGAGUGCAAAUGCCACGGCGUGUCGGGCUCCUGCGAGGUGAAGACCUGCUGGAGGGCCAUGCCGCCCUUCCGCAAAGUGGGCAACGUCAUCAAGGAGAAGUUCGACGGCGCCACGGAGGUGGAGCAGCGCAAGGUGGGCACCACCAAGGUCCUGGCUCCGCGCAACUCCCAGUUCAAGCCGCACACGGACGAGGACCUGGUCUACCUGGACCCCAGUCCGGACUUCUGCGACCACGACCCGCGCACGCCGGGCAUGCUGGGAACUGUGGGCCGGCAGUGCAACCGCACCUCCAAGGCCAUCGACGGCUGCGAGCUGAUGUGCUGCGGAAGAGGGUUCCAGACCCAGGAGGUGGAGGUGGUGGACAGGUGCAGCUGCAAGUUCCACUGGUGCUGCUACGUCAAGUGCAAACAGUGCCGCAAAAUGGUGGAGAUCCACACCUGCCGGUGA